AUGAAUUCAUUGCAGCGAGUUCUUUCAAAAAUUCCAUUAAGCCCAAGUCCAGACUCUGAGCGGCUGGAAACAAACGGAGACGAUAUUGUUGAAUUCAGGGACGCCGAUGUUGAUAAUCCAAGGAACUGGUCACCGGCGAGAAAACGGUACAUCACCGCCAUCACGAUGUUACUAUUGGCAAACGGCAGCAUCGCCAGUAGCAUCACAGCAGGAAAUACCCAAUCAAUCACUCAGGAAUUCGGCAUCUCGAAUGUCGCCGCCCAGCUCACGACGUCGCUUUUCCUGCUGGGCUUUUGCGCAGGGCCUUUGUUAUUUGGCCCGCUAUCCGAGUUCUACGGCCGGCAGUGGUUGCUAUAUCUUACAUUCUUUCUCUACUUCUGCUUUACGUUCCUGACGGCCUGGCCGACGAACUUGGGUGGUUUGCUGGUGGGAAGAUUUCUCGCUGGAUGUUUCGCUGCAGGGCCGUUUGCCAUUGUGCCUGGAGUACUGGUUGAUCUAUGGGAUAAGUGUGAGUGCGGCAAUGCCAUGGGUAUCUUGAUUUGUGUUUGCUGGGUUGGCCCGGCCCUGGGUACGGUCAUAUCUGGGUGCUUUGAGCUGAAGAAGGAUUGGCGUUGGUCCAUGUAUGCUUGUCUUUGGCUCGGGUCAUUUACUAUGAUGCCUAUGCUGACGAUUCCUGAAACACACGGCCCAACGGUUCUUGCACGAAAGGCAAAAGUGGCUCGACACAAAGGUCACGACGUACAGGCUGCAGGGGAGGCUUCCAGACCAAAGCUACUUCAGCUGUACAAGACAGCUCUGACACGACCGUGGGUCCUCCUCUUCGACACAAUCUCUCUACUGUGCUGUCUAUACUCAUGUCUCAUUGCUGCUCUGCAAUACAUGCUCUUCAGCAUCUAUCCCAUCGUGUUCCAGGACCUGAGAGGAUGGAACCCCGCUGUGUCACAGCUCCCCGUUCUCGGACAGGCCGUCGGCGCCGUCUUCGGUCUUCUAAUGGUGCUUUAUCAUACGAGACGACGCAAGGCAAGGGUGGACAUGGGGAGGGAGAUGGUUCCAGAGGACCACAUGGUUCUAGCCAUGAUAGGAGGCGUGGGACUACCGACUUCGAUGCUCUGGCUGUGUUGGAGCGCCCAGUACAACUCCACCCAUUGGAUCGUAUCGACAGCGGGUGGCACGGUUCUGGCGACAUGCCUGAUGCUGAUCCAUGUAUCUUGCUUUAGUUACGUCGCUGACACCUACGCGGACUACGCUGCUUCUGUCAUAGCUUCCAACCUCGUUGCAAGGUGUAUCAGCAGCGCAGGAGCUCCUAUCUUCACUAGUCAGAUGUUCGAGGCCCUUGGAGUGGGCGGCGGAGGCUCGCUGAUUGCGGGUGUGGCAGCGCUUCUUGCUGUCAUACCAUUUCUGUUCUACCGUUGUGGCCACGCUAUCCGAUCACGGAGUAAAUACGCUCUUGCUUAG